AUGACGACCCCGAGGGCGCUCUCCAGCAAGAAGAUUAGCCCUGUGUGCCGCUGGCGGCAGUGGGAGUGCGGAAGAUGCAUGCCUAAGAACCCCAAGGGCGCUCUCCAGCAAGAAGAUGAGCCCUGUUUGCCGUUGGUGGCAGUGGGAGGCCAGAAGAUGCAUGCCUGA